AAAAAGAUUGGGGUUAUGAAGUCAAUCCUAGAUGGCCUCGCAGAUACGACUUUCCGAACAAUCACAACAGAUCUCCUUUACGUGGGCUCCAACGAUAUCCAGUACGAAGACAUGAAAGGCGACAUGGCAUCCAAGCUGGGAUACUACCCCCAAAAGUUUCCUCUCUCUUCCUUCAGGGGUGAUCCUUUCCAAGAAAAAAUGACUGCAGGAGAUGAUCCCCUGUUGAGCAUUAUUCCCUCAGAUCAGGUCAACAUCACAGAGUUUUACAACAAGUCCCUGUCCACGUUUAAGGAUAAUGAGGAGAACAUACAGUGUGGGGAGAACUUCAUGGAUAUGGAGUGCUUUAUGAUCCUGAACCCCAGCCAGCAGCUGGCCAUCGCCGUGCUGUCACUCACCCUGGGCACCUUCACCGUCCUAGAGAACCUCCUUGUCCUGUGCGUCAUCCUCCACUCCCGAAGCCUCCGGUGUAGACCCUCCUACCAUUUUAUUGGCAGCCUGGCUGUGGCCGACCUCCUGGGCAGUGUGAUUUUCGUCUACAGUUUUGUGGAUUUCCAUGUUUUCCACCGGAAGGACAGCCCCAACGUCUUCUUGUUCAAACUGGGUGGAGUUACAGCCUCCUUCACCGCCUCCGUAGGUAGCCUUUUCCUCACGGCAAUAGACCGGUACAUAUCUAUACAUAGGCCAUUAGCUUACAAAAGGAUUGUUACCCGACCAAAGGCUGUCGUAGCGUUUUGUGUGAUGUGGACCAUCGCUAUUGUAAUAGCCGUUCUUCCUCUGCUCGGCUGGAACUGCAAAAAGCUCAACUCUGUUUGUUCGGACAUAUUCCCUCUCAUCGACGAGACGUACCUGAUGUUCUGGAUUGGGGUCACCAGCAUCCUCUUGCUGUUCAUUGUCUAUGCCUACAUGUACAUACUGUGGAAGGCUCACAGCCACGCUGUUCGCAUGCUUCAGCGGGGCACGCAGAAAAGCAUAAUCAUUCAGUCUACGGAGGAUGGUAAGGUACAGAUCACUAGGCCUGAUCAAACUCGUAUGGACAUCAGGUUAGCCAAAACCUUGGUCCUUAUCCUAGUCGUUUUAAUCAUAUGCUGGGGCCCUCUCCUCGCCAUCAUGGUGUACGACGUCUUUGGGAAAAUGAACAAGCUCAUCAAGACUGUCUUUGCCUUCUGUAGCAUGCUCUGUUUGCUGAAUUCAACAGUGAAUCCCAUCAUCUACGCUCUGAGGAGCAAGGACUUGCGACACGCCUUCCGCAGCAUGUUCCCCACCUGCGAAGGAACCGCGCAGCCCCUCGACAACAGCAUGGAGUCUGACUGCCAACACAAACAUGCCAACAACGCGGGGAACGUGCACAGGGCUGCCGAAAGCUGCAUUAAGAGCACAGUUAAGAUUGCCAAAGUUACCAUGUCUGUCUCCACAGACACGACUGCUGAAGCGUUGUAA